UAAAAGGGCAGUUUAAUAUGAGAGCUUGAUGUACCAAAGGUUUGCAAAGGUGUGCACUGGGGAGAUCAGUGCAACAUGCUGGGUUCUUUGGUGCUGAUAUGGAUUUUCAUUCUUCUCUUCUUCCUCUUCGUCAGGGUCCAGAGGCCCAAGAACUUUCCUCCUGGACCCCGGCCUGUGCCCAUAUUCGGGAAUCUGUUUGAGCUGAACAUCACCAAUCCUCUGAAAGACUUCAAGAGGUUGGCUGAGCGCUAUGGCAAUGUUUACAGCUUUUACUUUGGAGCAAGACCAGCAGUUGUUCUUACUGGUUUAAAGGCUGUGAAGGAAGCUCUGGUGACCAAUGGUGCCGACUUUUCAGGCCGUCCACAAAACCUCCUGGUCAGUGAUGCAGCGAAAGGGAAAGGAGUCAUAUUAGUUGACUACGGUACUACAUGGAAGGAGCAUCGGCGCUUUGCCCUCAUGACCCUGAGGAACUUUGGCAUGGGGAAGCAGUCAAUGGAGGACAGGAUUCUGGGAGAGACUGAACAUCUUGUUGCACGCUUAGAGAAAAGUGCUGGAGGCUUCGUAAAUCCUCAGACUUUAUUUCAUGAUGCUGCAUCAAAUAUCAUCUACCUGGUUUUAUUUGGUACUCGCUACGACUACGAGGACGACAACCAUAAAAUAUAUGUUCGAUGCUUCACUGAAAAUACAAAAAUCACCAAUGGACCCUGGGGAAUGAUCUAUGAUACACUUCCUAUGCUGAGAUCUCUGCCCCUUCCUUUUAGGAAGGUCUUCAAAAACUUCCAAACUGUUGAGAAAAUGGUUCUGAACAUGAUCAUUAAACACAAAACAACAAGGGUCCCAGGAGAGCCAAGAAACUUUGUCGACUGCUAUCUGGAUGAGCUUGAUAAGAGAGAUGAUGGAUCUUCCUUCAAUGACGGACAACUUGUGAGAUACAUUAUCGAUCUGCAUGUUGCUGGAUUAGAUACCACCGCCAACACCCUCCUAACAGCAUUCCUCUACCUCAUCACUCGUCCAGACAUUCAAGAGAGGUGUCAGCAGGAGAUUGAUGAGGUUCUGGAGGGUAAAGCUCAAGCAUGCUUUGAGGACAGACUCAACAUGCCGUACACACAGGCUGUGAUCCAUGAAUGUCAGCGCAUUGCCAUUACUGUCCCAACUGCGUUUCACAGCACCAGCAGAGAUACUGAACUGAUGGGUUACAGCAUCCCAAAAGGUACUUUUGUCAUCGCAAACCUCUCCUCAGUGCUGAGUGAGGAAGGCCAGUGGAAGUUUCCUCAUGAGUUCAAUCCAGCUAACUUCCUGAAUGAGCAGGGACAGUUCGAGAAGCCGGAGGCCUUCCUGCCCUUUUCUGCUGGGCCUCGUAUGUGUCUUGGUGAAGGUCUGGCUCGAAUGGAGCUCUUCCUCAUCUUGGUCACUCUGCUGCGCCGGUUUCAGUUCUUCUGGCCUGAAGAUGCAGGAGAACCAGACUUCACUCCUUUAUAUGGAGUCACACUCACACCCAAACCAUACAGGAUGGGAGUCAGACUGAGACAGCCAGCUAGAGAAAUGUAGAGCAGAUUCCAAAUACCAGUGUAAUGAGAAUUUCUUGGGGAUUUAUGGUACAAGAAAAUUGUUCAGUAUAGUAUAAAGCAAUAAUACAGGAGAUUAGAUUAGAUCCAAUAAUAGGAAUUUCUGUAAUUAAGAAAAUAAUGAAGUAAUAAGCAAAGUGUUUAGUUAUCUUGUAACACUGAAUAAAAUACUAUACUUUCAUUGGGAUUUAAUAAGCAGCACUUCUUAACUGAAAGACUUAUUGGAAUCCACAGCAUUGCAGGUACAACAGGUUCAACAGUCUUCAGCAGCAAGAUUAAGAAAUACUGUCCUAGAUGUAAAGAACAUCUGUCUUUGUUUAUUGUUAAUAACUAGGCCGGCACUGAUACCGAUACUGGCCUGAUACCAUGCUCAUUUACUUGAACCUGACCUCAUAAAAAGUCACCAAUACCAAUGUAGCAGGGAAAUCUCACACUGCCUUGUAGGGGUAUUGUUAAGUAGUUAUUACCCUGGAUGACUGAAACGUGAAAGGAUCUGGGUCCCCACCCUCCAGUACAAUUAGUCUCUGUACCUGCAUGAACAGGUAUCUAUCUUGUUGUGUGAAGUGGCUGGAGAAGCACUAAUAUGCCUGUGUAGUUGUAAAAGUAAGCCACUAGUAGAUAUAGGAGGCUUCGGAAAACAUUAACACCGUGGGAACCUGAAGUGCAAAUAAUACUGUUAUGGUUAUGUAGUUACAAACCUGACAACUUUUCCAUCCUUCCCCAAAUCUAACAGGAUAGGUGAGAAACAGAAAUAAAUAAAGAUACUAUGCAGGUACAUUUUUCAUUCAUCAAGGUACAAACAAUGUAAACGCACUCUCAAAGGUUCACAUUGAAGGGAAAAUACUACUGGUGCUUAUUUUGUUAGAAAAAUAUCUAUUUUUUGAAUAUUUUGAAUGAUUACUUUGUUUGAAUGAAAUGAAAUAAAAAUAAAUAAAAUGAGCAAAUUGAA